AUCCCAAUCUUUGAUCUCAAACAAACCCAUGAUCUUCGUCAUCUCAUAGAAUUCUAACCCGAUCGGAUCCAAAUCCCCCCGACGACGAAAUGGCGGGUUUCUCAGUGAUGGACUCACUGUUCCAGCGCACUCUGGAUGACCUAAUCAAGGGGCUCCGCCUCCACCUCACCGGCGAGUCCUCUUCCUUCCUCUCCAAAGCCCUCGACGAAAUCCGCCGCGAGGCCAAGUCCACCGACCCCGACACCAAGUCCACCGCCCUCCUCAAACUCACCUACCUCUCCUCCCUUUACUUCUACGACAUGUCGUUCGCCGCCUUCCACGUCGUCGAGCUCCUCUCCUCCACCCGCUUCUCGCACAAGAAGGUCGCCUACCACGCCGCCUCCCACUCCUUCCACGACUCCACCCCCGUCCUCGUCCUCAUCACCCACCAGCUCCGCAAGGACCUCGCCAGCUCCAACGAGUUCGAGGUCAGCCUCGCCCUCGAGUGCCUCUCUAGAAUCGCCACCGUCGAUCUCGCCAGGGAUUUGAGUCAACAGUGUUUCACAUUGCUCGCCAGCGCAAAAAUGAUGGUGAGAAAGAAGGCCACCAUUGUGGUCUUGAGAGUGUUCGACAAGUAUCCGGAUUCGGUGGGGGUGUGUUUUAAGCGUUUGGUUGAGAAUCUCGACAGCUCGGAUUCGCAGCUUGUGGCUGUGGCUGUGGGGGUGUUGUGUGAGCUGGCUAUGAAGGAUCCCGGGUCUUAUCUUCCGCUGGCGCCCGAGUUUUAUAAGAUUCUGGUUGAUUCCAAGAACAAUUGGGUGUUGAUUAAAGUGCUGAAGAUAUUUGCGAAAUUGGCUCCCUUAGAGCCGAGGCUGGCCAAGAGGGUUGUUGAGCCGAUUUGCGAGCAUAUGAGGAGGACUGGGGCCAAGUCGUUGUUGUUUGAGUGCAUUAGGACUGUGGUGGGCAGUUUGAGUGACUAUGAUCACGCGGUGAGGCUUGCUGUUGUGAAGAUAAGGGAAAUGUUGGUGGAUGAUGAUCCGAAUUUGAAGUAUCUUGGAUUGCAAGCGCUUUCGGUUGUUGCCCCAAAGCACUUGUGGGCGGUGGUGGAGAAUAAGGAGGCUGUGAUUAACUCUUUGAGUGAUGUUGAUCCUAAUAUUAAGCUGGAAUCUUUGCGUCUUGUUAUGGCAAUGGUGUCUGAGAGUAAUGUGGCUGAGAUUUGCAGGGUUUUGGUUAACUAUGCACUUAAAUCUGAUCCAGAGUUCUGUAAUUUGACACUGGGUUCCAUUUUGUCGACAUGUUGUAGAAAUGUGUACGAGAUUAUUAUUGACUUUGAUUGGUAUGUGUCACUUCUGGGAGAAAUGUCAAGGAUGCCACAUUGCCAGAAGGGAGAAGAAAUUGAAAAGCAGCUUAUUGAUAUUGGUUUGAGGGUCAAGGAUGUUAGACCAGAGCUUGUUCGAGUCAGUUGUGAUUUGCUGAUUGAUCCGGCAUUACUCGGUAAUCCUUUCUUACACAGGAUAUUAUCGGCUGCUGCUUGGUUGUCGGGAGAAUAUGUUGAGUUCUCGGUAAAUCCAUUUGAACUGAUGGAGGCACUGUUUCAGCCUCGUACAAGUCUCUUACCGCCGUUGAUAAAAGCAAUAUAUAUACAGUCUGCAUUCAAGGUCUUAAUCUUUUGUCUGAAUUCUUACCUUUUGCAGAGGGGGAAUGCUGCUUCCUCCUCGUAUCCUGAUAAGUUGGUGCCAGAUGUCCCAGGAUUGUUCUCUCAACAGGAUAGCACAGGGUGUUCUGACUUGGCAUCAUCAGAUGCUUCUGUGCAUGCCAAACCGGAUGAAGGACUAUUUGGAAGUUUUUCUGUAGAAUUUGGCAGGGAGGGAACUUCUACUUGUGGGCAGGCACCUGCAUUUGCAUCUGCUUCAUUGAAGGACGAUUUCACACAUGAGUGUAUCACAAACCUUUUAAAUAGAGUUGAAUUGGCUGUAGUUCCACUUACAGGAAGCUAUGAUGUAGAAAUAAUAGAGAGAGCACGGAAUGUACUUUGUUUCAUUGAGUUGAUCAAGCCUCAAAUGCCCGAAUGUCUAGUUCAGAAAGAGGAAAGCUCCGACAGGGAAGAAGUAGAAGCAUCCAAAAUUGUUAAAUUUAUGCAUGAUGCCUUCUUAAAUGAUCUAGGUCCUGUCUCAGUAUGUGCUCAGGAGAGAGUUUCUGUACCAGAUGGUUUAGUGCUUGUGGAGAAUCUUGAGGACUUGGAAACAAUCUGUGGUGAUGUUCAACUACCUUCAUUAAAUUCCUUUGCCCAUGGAAGUUCUCAUUUUGAGGAGAUGCCUAGUGUUUCUAUCCCUACUUUUCAAAGCAAUGAAGAGCCAGGGCCAUCCAAUGAAUCCACAUCUCUGCUUGUAGAACACCGUAAGCAGCAUGACUUAUAUUAUCUUCCUGCGGAGAAAAAGGAUGGUGAUUAUCCACUUGCCAAUGACCCUCAGUUACAGGCGAAUGCUAAUGAUGAUAAAUAUCUUGCCAAGCUUACAGAGCAGUUACUUGUUCCAAAGAAAAAGCCAACCCAUGCAAAGCCUAGGCCUGUCGUGGUGAAACUAGAUGGAGAUGAAGUACGUGUUGCAACUGAUCGACGUCCACAGGAAGAUUUGCUUUCUGGUACAGUGCGGGAUGUUCUUCUGGGAAGUGAGACAGAACCUACUACAAAGUCAUCUACUAAGAGAAAAGGGAAGGAGAAACUAAAUGUUAAGUCUGCCACCGAAAUCAAGGCGGGUGAUGUAGAAAAGCAAGAUCUAGGAAACUCGAGUUUGAGAAAAAGCAAGCACCACAGUCAUAGUAAAGGGAGAAGGCACAGAAGCCCUGGGAAGAAAGGAGAUGAAAGACCAGAAAAUGGUCAGAAAGUGAAGCCCAAAAGUAGUGGUAGGCACAAAGCUCGGCAACGAGCAGAUGCGCCAUUGAAUGUGGUUUCACAAACACCAGUUAUUCCAGAUUUUCUGUUAUAGCAUUACAAGUUUAGAUUUGUUUGUCUGUCACGAACUAUUACCCUUUUAGUCGACUUCUUAGGCUUUGUUCUGCUGUAGGUUUUAUACA